AUGUACACUCUUCUCGUCUGCGCGGACCUCUUUGGGGAGAAGUGCAACUUGGAGCUUGGCUUCCCUUCCGCGCCGACAAUCGCGGAGCUGCAACGAAAGGCGUUGGAGGUGUUUGAGGCGGAGGCCAACAUGCGGCGUCCAUCAGGGUACCCGGUGGUUGAUUUCGCCAUUGUUCGCGUUCAGAUUUACGACGAUGCGCUCUUGAAGUGGGUGGAUCUGGUUUCGCAGACCCAGAUGCACGAGUACGACCAGUUGUACGUAUUUCAGCCGCAGAGCGCAUGGCACACGGAUGUGCAGAAGGAUCUUCCUCCGCCUCGUCCCCCAUCGCAAAGUUGUGCCGCGUCUGCGCUGCACUCGAUGUUGGAUUCACCGCAGAAAAGUGCGACUCUUUUAAGAAACGCAUCGUGUAGACAUAACACCUCAGGCGCGUCUACAAAUAGCAGCAUAGGUAUUUCGCCCACAAAAAUGCGAUUGGAAGAGCAACGGCGACGAGAGUCUGCGUUGCAGGAAGAAUUGAAUCGUGCUCGCGAGGAAUCGGCGCGGCUCGAGCGCGAGCUCAGCAUUGAGGAAGAAGAUAAUCGGGCACGUUUGCAGGAGCAAAAAAUCCGCAUGCUAUGUCAAAAGGAGGAUGAGGUUCGUCGCCAACGAGAGAUACUUAUGCGCUCUGAAGAGGAGUUUCGUCGUCUUCAGUCUGACAUAGUUCAGUAUUAA